AUGAGCCCCUGCGGGCGGGCCCGGCGGCAUUCGUCCCGAGGGGCCAUGGCUGUCCUGGCGUGCAAGUUCCCGCGGACCCGGCUGCCAGUGGGAGCCAGUGCCCUCUGCGUCGUGGUCCUCUGCUGGCUCUACAUCUUCCCGGUCUACCGGCUGCCCAGCGAGAAGGAGAUCGUGCAGGCAGUGCUGCAGCAGGGCACGGCGUGGAGGAGGAACCAGACGGCGGCCAGACUUUUCAGGAAACAGAUGGAGGACUGCUGUGACCCCGCCCAUCUCUUCGCUAUGACUAAAAUGAAUUCCCCCAUGGGGACGAGCAUGUGGUAUGAUGGGGAAUUUUUAUACUCCUUCACCAUCGACAAUUCAACUUAUUCUCUCUUCCCCCAGGCAACCCCAUUCCAGCUGCCCUUGAAGAAAUGUGCGGUGGUGGGAAAUGGUGGGAUUCUGAAGAAGAGUGGCUGUGGCCGUCAAAUAGAUGAAGCAAAUUUUGUCAUGCGAUGCAAUCUUCCUCCCUUGUCAAGUGAAUACACUAAAGAUGUUGGAUCUAAAAGUCAUCUAGUGACAGCUAACCCCAGCAUAAUUCGGCAAAGGUUUCAGAACCUGCUGUGGUCCAGAAAGACAUUUGUGGACAACAUGAAAAUUUAUAACCACAGCUACAUCUAUAUGCCUGCUUUUUCUAUGAAGACAGGAACAGAGCCUUCCCUCCGGGUUUAUUAUACACUGUCAGAUGUCGGUGCCAAUCAAACAGUGCUCUUUGCUAACCCAAACUUUCUGCGUAGCAUUGGAAAGUUCUGGAAAAGUAGGGGAAUUCAUGCCAAACGCCUGUCCACAGGACUCUUUCUGGUGAGCGCAGCCCUGGGCCUCUGUGAGGAGGUGGCCAUCUAUGGCUUCUGGCCCUUCUCUGUGAACAUGCGUGAGCAGCCCAUCAGCCACCACUACUAUGAUAACGUCCUGCCCUUUUCUGGCUUUCAUGCCAUGCCAGAGGAAUUUCUCCAACUCUGGUACCUUCAUAAAAUUGGUGCACUGAGAAUGCAGCUGGACCCGUGUGAGGACCCCUCCCUACAGCCCAUUUCCUAG